UCUUGAUCCGUAUCAUCAAUUUAUAAAUAGUGUAAUCUGACACGAUGAGCUGGUUGUGUCGGUAAGGUCAAUGACUGUCGGAACUUUACAAACUUGUGCCGUUUGAUAUUUCAAUCUUUAGUCUUUUACCAACCAAAACACUCAAAGCAGAUCUCCCAGACCCACUAAUGGACCAACAAAGCGAGAGAGUGAAGCAAUUCUGCAAUCAUCCGUUAAGAUACGCAAGAAUUAAGCAGGAGGGAGUAAUUACAGGUCGGUCAAAUAACUGCGAUGGAUGCGGUGAUGAUUCAGGCUACGGAUAUUACUGUGAACUCUGCAAUAUUCAAGCUCAUGUGGCUUGCAUAGGUUGGCCAGACAUCAUCAACCACCCCUGUCACUCCAGACAUCCUCUCAAGAAAGUCUCGCCAGAGACAAUUGACUAUACUGAUGGUAAAUGCCAGUUUUGUAGAAGCCCACUUGUUGAUCUCAUGUAUCAUUGUUCCAUUUGUAAUUUCAGUGUUGAUUUGAGAUGCUGGUUAAAUCCCGCACCGCUUACUAUAUAUGAGCAAAAGAGCCACAGCCAUACAUUAACCCUCAUGGCGAGAAAGGACGCCUUCACUUGUAACGCAUGUGGGUUGGUUGGUGACCGGAAUCCUUACGUUUGUCUUGAAUGUGAUUUCAUGCUGCACAAAGGUUGUAUCAAUUUGCCUCGAGUCAUAAACAUAAAUCGUCAUGACCACAAGAUUUCUCGCACUUAUCAUCUCGGUCACGGUGAUUGGGAAUGUGGAGUUUGUCGCCAAAAGAUGGAUUGGACCCUUGGAGCUUUCUUUUGCUCGCGUUGUCCUAAUUAUGCUGUUCAUUCAAAGUGUGCGACAAGGGAAGAUGUGUGGGAUGGAAAAGAACUCGAAGAUAAGCCUGAAGAUGAGGGAGAAGAGGAUCCAUACAAGGUAAUAAAUGAGAAAGAAAUCAUUCAUUUUAGUCAUGAAGAACAUAAUCUAAAACUUGGUGAUGAUGAUAAUGCUGCCGAUUAUGAAAAGAUGUGGUGUGAUGCUUGCAUCAGGCCCAUCGAUUCUGAUCCAUUCUUCAAAUGUGUGGAAUGCAAGUUCUUCCUUCAUAAAGUAUGUGCCAGUCUUCCCCGGAAGAAACGAAAUAUCCUGCACAGCCACCUGCUUCGUCUACAGUAUGGUGAUAGGCAUGGUAAACCUUUCAAGUGUACAAGUUGUCUUCAAUAUUUUGAUGGCUUCAAGUACAAAUGCAAUUUUAACAGCGCAUGUAUCCACAUGAAUAUUUUAUUUGAUAUCCGGUGCAGUUCCAUUUCUGAGCCUUUUCAGCAUGAACUGCAUCCCCAUCCCUUAUUUCGUACCUCAAAAGAGCACAAGACUUGUGGAGCAUGUGGUGAAGAUUCGGAGUAUGUCUUAAGUUGUAUUGUUUGUGAUUUCGCUUUAGGCAUGGACUGUGCCACUUUACCAAGAAAAGUAAAACACAGAUGCGACGAUCAUGUCUUAUCGUUGCAUCAUGGUGCUGGAAGCUCCAACGGUCAAUUGUGGUGUGAUAUUUGUGAGGGAAAGACAGAUGCAAGCGUAUGGUAUUAUGGUUGUGAUGAAUGUGGGGUCACUCUCCAUAUCGAGUGUGUACUUGGAGACAUGUGUUACUUAAAGCCAGGGAACAAAUACUUGGGAGGUGAACUAGUUCCCAAUCAUGGUAUGACUAGACCUAUUUGCAUAGUCUGUGAAAAGCGUUGCAUGUUCCCUUUCUUUCUAAAGGGUAUUGCAUAUUCAGAUUCAACUGUUGUAUACGCUUGUUCAAGAAAGUGUGCAUACCGAGGCCACGACCGUUGGGAGGAGUGGUAUAGUAAAGUUCACUGUGAGUAAUGAGUAUGUCUGAAAGAUCCACAAGGGGAAGCUAUAUGAUGAUGUAUCAGAGUAUAUUUACGUUUGCUUGAUAUCUUCUGUAUCUUUUCUUUCUCCUAUUUUCUUUCUUUUCAUGUAUUUGGGAUUCUUCUAGAAUCUGAGUUAAUUUGUUUUCGGAUCCUGUAGAAACCAGUGUGAGGGGUUUAUAAAUAGGAUCUAUUUGCUUCUAUGUAAUGCAGUUUUUUUUUAAUAAUAAUAACAAUAGAGGAA